AGAAUCCCACCUCAGAGAGCAGCGGACUAGUCAUUCCGGGAAAAGGCGGACUGACAUUUUGUCGCCAUAGUCGAGCCAGGCGGCUAAUUUGUCACAUUUGAGAACUACGAGACACCAAAGAAGCGUGAGCGAGUCGAUAACAACAGCCGAACGCCGGGGGAACCGUAUCAUAGAAGCGGAAAUUCGCCAAGUAAACCAAGAACAAAGCACCUGAAUCUGCGCCGACUGGUUCUUGGGGGAAACCCGAGGAGCGUGGAAUCAUGGCGACGGAGAGGAACAGCAAAGCCCUGAAGGUGAAGCAGGAAUGCGGCGAGAACGUGCCUUUCCUGUCGGACGGCGAGCUCAUGUCGCUGUCUGUCCGCGAGCUCAACCUGCACCUGCGCGGCAUGUCUCGCGAGGAGAUCCAGAAGCUGAAGCAACGCCGCCGCACCUUGAAAAACCGGGGCUACGCCGCCAGCUGCCGGGUCAAGCGGGUGUCCCAGCGCGAGGCCCUGGAGCAGCAGAAAAUGGAGCUCCAGCGGGAGGUGGACCGACUCGGGGCGGAGAACGCCGGCAUGAGGAAAGAGCUGGAGGGCCUGGGGGCCCGCCUGGCCGCGCUGCAGAGGUUCGCCAGGGGCCUGGAGGCCGGAGGGGGCAACCUGCUCGCCACCGCGCCGCGCCUCAACACCGCCUCCGUCAUCACCAUCGUCAAGAGUCCGCCGCAGGCUCAACCGCAGAGGGACCACGAGUCUUCCUAGGCUCUAGAAACCAGACUUUGGCACACACACACACACACACACACGCACAUACAGGCAAAACACACCGUGGAAAACAAUGACAAGGAUACCGGUAAGAACAUGAGUAAUAUGCCCACACGUCAUUAUUACGCCAGACCACUUGGGACCGGCCGAGCUUCAGUAGAAGUGCAUCAUGUGCGACAUGCUUAAAAUGCUCACGUACAGUACUAUGUCAAAGUCCUAAAAUGCAAUAAUCCAAUUCGGAUAGCUUCUGGAGCAAAUACAGGACUUGAAAAAAAAAAAACAAACAAAAAAACCAUUUUUAAAA